AAAAUAAAAACAAACAUGAAGGCUGUGCUUGUAGUCUGCUUAUUGGCGGUAGUGGUGGUGGUGUCUGCGAGACCUGGAGAUAAAUACACGGAUAGAUUCGACAAUAUAAACCUGGAUGAGAUAUUGUCAAACCGCCGGUUGUUGGUGCCGUACGUCAAAUGUCUGUUGGGUCAGGCCCCCUGCACUCCACCUGGGAAGGAGCUGAAAUCUCACAUCAAAGAAGCCCUAGAAAACGGCUGCGCAAAAUGCACAGAGAAUCAGCGUACCGCCACCCGUCGCGUCAUCGGACACCUCAUAAACAAGGAAGGCCAACAGUGGAACCAGCUGGUCGCCAAGUACGAUCCUAAGCGCGUGUACGUGGCCAAGUACGAAUCCGAACUUAGAACCGUUAGGGCUUAGAAUUUGGACUUGAUAGUAAACAAAAGACUGAUCAGUUUAAUGCAAGAAUAAAUGAGAUGAAACAUU